AUGGCGACCCGAGUGGAGGUCGGCUCUCUGAGUUCCUUGCCUGGGGUGCCGGGCCUUGGGGAGAUCCCCACGGAGGAGACUCUGAAGCGGAGCUACUUCCGCCAGGCUGAAGGGGUGCCCUCGGUGCAGAUCUUAGACGGGAAAAGCCCCCUGAGGAGCUCAGCCCGAUUAUUCCCUCUGCCGAGACUCGCCCCUAAACCCUUCUCCAAGGAGAAGGCCCUGGAUGUGAGAGCUCCCGUCAUAUCGUUGCGGCCUGGUGUGAGCAGACCAAUUUCGUCCAGUGGGUUCUCCCGGGACGUGUUGGUGAAGGGUCUGGAUGAGAAGAUGCCCACCCAGGAGACAGAGGGCGCGGAGGGCCCCAGGAGAAGUUCAUCUUUCCACAGCAAAUCCUCCUUGCUUCAGUCCAACCCCAGCACCAUGAUUCUCUUUGAAACUAUCAAAACUGGGCCCGCUCUGGGGAAGGGGAACAUUGAGGUGACACAGGAGGCCAAAGCAGGGGUCCCUCAGGAGCCCCCCUCUGGAUCUCGGCCCGAGGUGGCCCCCAAACCUGCCCUGCCUGCCAGAAAACCUCUGGGGACCUUUCCCCGACCCACUCCCCUGUCCGAGGAGACAAGGCCAGCCAUAAACCAAGAUGAGGGAGGUCAGAGUGAGCCCCCCUCAAAGGCCAGCGGUUUAGAGGACACUGUGGGGCCCCCUGUGGAGACCAGGCCAGCCCUGAAAAGAAGGCCAGUGUCGGCUAUCUUCUUGGAAUCAGCUCAUCCCCAGAAGCUGGCCCAUGGUGGGGUGGCCGUGGUGGGGAAAUCACCCCCCACCCCCCCUGAGAAGUCAUGGGUGAGGAAGCCCCGGCCUUUGUCCAUGGACCUCACAGCCCCCUUUGAGAGCAGAGAGGUUUUGCUCAAGAAGAUGACUGACGAGAUGAACGGGUCUGUGAUGGUUCCCACUGCCCAGGGUCAAAGGACAGAAAGGCCCAGUACAGAGCCCACAAUGCCCGGGGAGUGGUCAGUCACGGCAGAGGGUCCCCCUCACGAUGUGGAUUCUGACUGUGUGGCCAGGAGGACUCAGGCGUGGAAGGAAAGGAUGAUUUUCAAACAGGCAGAGCUGGGCAUCCUCAGGACCGCAGGGGACUCGGCCAGAGUUACCCUGAAAGAUGACCAGAGUCUUGGGGACGAGAAAGCCAAGCCAGACGGGAAAGUGGAAAGGAUGCCCGAGUCUCCCUGCCCCAGGUCUGGGAAGGGUCAGGAGUCCGCAGAGGCGAAAGGCAGAGUGGCCGAUGGGGAGGUCCAGGCGGCAGAGACGUGGGCCUCCAAAGGGAGCGUCAAGAAACGCAUCAGCCUGUUUGGGGACGAGGGUGCCUCGGCCUUGGCGGUGGGUUCGGCCCCCGCCUUGGCCACCCCCGAGUCUCCGUCAGCAGCCCCUGAGCCAGAGAAGGGGGCCGUGAGUGUCCAGGAGCGAAUCAAAGGCUGGACUGCCGAGUCCACCGAGCCUAAGAGAGAUCAGGAGACCAGGAGGAGGGCGUUCCAGGCGAGGACACCGUCAGUGGAUUCGAACAAAGCGUUUUCAAGUCCUGCUUCAAGCCGCGAGGGCCAGUAUGAGAAGCUUCCAGAGGCGAGCAGAAAGCUCUCGGAGGACACGAGACAGCAGAAAGAAGGGCCUAGCUUGGAAGGGCCUGGAACGUCAGCCUCCAGAAGCUCCUGGAAGCCAGGGACACUCCGGGAGAAGGCGAAGCCGACGGAACGGAAGGACAGCCAGAGCCAAGACCCGGACAGCUGUCCCCGUGAAAACGUGGUGGGACCUGCGUGCAUGUCCGACGUCACCCCCGAGGACGAGGGGAACUUCCGGACCGUGUGGGCUACUGUGUUUGAGCAUCACGUGGAGAGACACAAUGUGGCUGACCAGUCAAGACGCUGUGGCCCACUGGCCGUGGCCCCCGGCAGUGUGCUUGAUGCUCGCGUAUCGGAGAGCAGACCCAGGCCUGACAGAGGUGCUUGGCUGGGGAAGCCCCCACCAGAACAGACAGACUUCAAGAAAGAGGGCUCCAGGUGGUUCGAAAAUCCCGAGGCAGAGAAACUGGGACGGACGGCACUUUUGAAUGGUGAGCCGAAAGAGACCCACCAGGCCCUGCCUUUGGGAGAAAAGCACACUAACAGCCCUUUCUACAAGCACUCCGUGAGCCUGCCGGUGGCCCACAAAAUUGAGCCCAGGUAUGACAUUGUGCAUGCUGUGGGGACCCGGGCCCACAGCCAGGCCGUGCCCGUGGCUCCAGAGGAGAAGGCAGUGACACUGAGGAGUAGCGGGACUGGGCUCGCGCAGAAGGAGAGGCGGCUGUCCCCUGAGGUCCCUGCAUCCGACCCGGCGGGGACACCGGAAGGUCAGCCUGGGUCCGUGCAGAGGGCCAGCUUGCUCUGGGAAGCCCGAGGGCUGCCCAGGCCCGACUGUCAAGACCCGAAGGAGGUGUCCGGACGUGCUUGCUCAUCGCCCAAGUGGACAGGAGGGCUCUCGGCCAGCUGGAGCAAGGCCACCGUGGUGGUCGGCGAGGAGAAGGGCUCGGGGCUGAGCCUCCCGGGGGCCUGUGAACGCUCGGUGGGCUCCUGCACCCUCGAGGCACCCCCUGCAAGGGUGGUGAAAGCCAGUAUCCGAGAGGUGCAGCUUGAGGAACGUGACACUGCUGGGAACAAGCCAGCGGGCCACCUUUCAAGGGACAAGGGUGGACCCUCCCAGGGCUGGGCUCCGGGCCCUCCCUCCAGGGCUAAAGAGGAGCUUGCCGACAUGAGGGCAUUCUCUGCGCAGAAAGGACCUUUGGUGGCCCCCAGUGAAGGUGACCCAAGGCCCAUGCCGAUGCCAGAGCCCGAAGUGAAGAUGCGGAGAGUGAAUCACGGGGACCAGAGGAUGGAGCGAUGGAGGCGCCGGACUUUACCUCACAACGUGAGGUUUGAGGAAUUCAGCUUCCUCACCCCGGAACACUCACCAAAGGUGGAGAGGCAGACAGAUCCUUUGACUCCGACAGCUGGUGCCUUAAGACACCCUCAACUGUCCCACAGUCGGGGGGGUACCCAGGACGGGAGCCCGACCCUGUCCCCCGACUGGACUUUUCCUGCAGGGAAGCAAGGGUCACCUGUGGAACCCAAGGCAACGUUUUUUGCAGUAACGUAUCAGAUUCCCGAUGCUGAAAAAGCCAAGGGGACCGUGACCAAGUCGGGGCCUGAAAACCUGAUGGAACAUUCUAGAAGAGCCGCUCCGCCUCCAUCUCCGCAUUCUUUCUCACCAACUUUGGUUUCUCUUAACCAUGAAGAGCCUGUGCAGGCCGUGGGCAGUAAAAACUGGGCUAAGAAAAGAGACAGUGAGAGUAACAACCUCUCCAAGAACUUGAAGCCGGCCGGCCGGCCAGCAUCCCUCGGGGAUGGAAUUCUGGAUCCUUCCAGGGAACGGAUCAUCGAUUUGGAUGCUUUAUGGGUUCACCGGGGGUCGAAAGACAGUGGCGGCUUCCGGAACGCUUGGAAGGACGGUGGGAACCGGACGUCCGCCAGCAGUCCUUCCAAGAUGACCCCUACUUUCCAAAGUCACACGCAAGUCAGCCAGCCUGCCCGGAGGAGGACGGAAGUGGUCAGUGAGACAUUUCCUGGGAAAAUCAAAGAUGGCUACCGAUCCAGCGUCCUGGACAUUGACGCCCUCAUGGCCGAGUACAAGGGGCAUUCGGCUAAAGGCCCUGUGGAAGCUCGGGACUGGAAAGAAAGUGCCCCAGUGGAGGUCGGCAGUUUGCCCCAGGGAAGGCUGGACCCCCGAGGAGGCCUGGAACAGUGGAGGAAGAACCUGAAGGAGACAGUACAGGUAGAAGGUCUGUGGAAACAGGCCAGCUCAACAGAACCAAAACGUAGCUCCCCCGCUGGCUCAGGUAAGCAGCCGGUGGACACCCUGGACUUAGCUGCCACCACCAAAUUGAACCCGCCUCUGUGGGCUCCACUAAACCCAGCUCCUGAAGAGUAUCUGGGGACUAAUUCUGGCCCUGUGGGCCCCAGAACAACAGCCUUGGGAGCACCCGAGGAGGACAAGAAGCCCUCUGGUAGUAAGCACAGCACCAGCCGUCAGAGUUACCCAGGUGAGCCCAAGCCCCCUCGCCAGGAGGAUCCAAGAUGCGGGACAAGUGACCCUUCCAGGUCAGCCCCCAUGGACCAGAAGAAAGGGACCUCAAAGAAGGCCAGUGGGAGAGGAGACGAGGGCACUGGAGCUCAGUGGGGUGACUACGCACAGGACAGCAGAAGGCCGCUGGACGUCAAGAGGGCCUGCUCUGAGAAAGGCCCGCCGGCCCACAUCCAGGAAGGCCGGUCCAUCAUGCAGGAAGCCAGAGAGAGGAGGCGGGAGCUGGCCAAAGGGAGGCCCAGCCUCCCCAGAGAAGGCUCGGAGACUUUUGAGAACAAAACGGGGCCCUGUCGGCGCGAGUCAGGUACUCGAGAAGACCCCAAGAUCCCGCCACGGGACCUGGAGAAGAAGGACGUCCCCGAAGUCAAUGAGCAGCCUACCCGGCGAGUGUCCCCUUCCGUCGCGGGCCCUCGGAGGAGCCACAGCUUCUGCAAGGACAGGCGGAGCGGGCCCCUGGUGGACCAGCUGAAGCAGUGUUUCUCCAGGCGGCCACCGGAGGCCAAGGACACCGACACUCUCGUGCGGGAGAGCGACAGUCAGUACGGGACGUGGACGGAGCCUCGUCAGAGCGCAGAGAGCUUGGCCCCCGAGUCCCCAUCCCUGGACAGCAGCACCACCUCAACACGGAAGCAGCCCCCCAGCAGCCGCUUGUCCUCGCUGUCCUCCCAGACAGAGGUCACCUCCGCCGGGGACCCGAACGAUGGCUCCCGGGGCCAGCGGAGCACCAGCGUGGACCGCUCCAGCACUGACCUGGACUCCACCGAUGGGACAGACGGGCUGGCCGCGCCGGACGCCUUCCCCAGGCCAGGGGCAGACGACUUCUCCUUCCUUGAUCAAACCCCCGUCCUCGACUCAAGUGCCCUGAAGACCCGCGUCCAGCUCAGCAAGAGGAGGCUCCGGCGGGCCCCCAUCUCCCACUCCCUGCGGCGCAGCCGGCUCAGCGAGUCCGAGAGCAGGUCGCCGCUGGAGGAGGAGCUGGACAGCUCGUGGAUGUUCAAGGACUCCACAGAAGAGAAAUCUCCCAGGAGGGAAGAAUCCGAUGAGGAGGAGAAGCUGCCCAAGGCUGGGAAGACGCCGGUCAGCCAUCCUCAGAGGACGCCUGCCGUGCCGGGCAUGGAUCCGGCCAUGCUCAAGGCUCAGCUGCACAGGCGGCAAGAGGCGGACAGUCCAGGAGACACCCCCACUCGGGCCCCCCAGCCCAAGACGCCCAAGUCCCCCUUCCAGCUGGGCAGCCGUGUGCUGCCCUCCAGCGUGGACCGGGAUGAGAGAUUGGAUGAGCCCUCUCCCCAGUGGUUAAAGGAACUGAAAUCCAAAAAGAGGCGAAGCCUGUAUGAGAACCAAGCCUGA